AUGUCCAUGUCGCUUCAACAUUCGCUUCUCCUUCUUUUCUCUUCCACAUUAUUCUUCACCUAUUUCCCAGGGUUGGUUGUACCUGCGGAGGUGACGCUGAGCUCGAUUGAGAUCUUCACAACCCACGAGUGGCUAAAAGUCACUCCAGCUGUCUAUUUUCGGUGCAAAGGGGACAAAAAAUCUGAAUUGCCUGAUGUCAAAAAAACCAACGUUUCCUAUACUUUUAAGGGUGAAGAGUCUUGGCAGCCUUUGACUAUUUUCGAUGGUAAAAAGUGUAAACGAUGUGGAUUCUAUGAGGAAGACAAAAUUCUUUAUGAUGAUGUGUUUGACGAGUGGGAAUUGUGUCCUUCUGAUUUUACCGCCCCUGCUGGAAGAUACAUCCACUUCAAGGAAAAAGAAUUCAAUGCUACUUUUCUGUGCCCAGGUUGCUUACCUAUUUCCGGUGUUUCUGUCUCUGCACCGCCUGCCGAGAAUCACGAGCACAGUAAAAAAGGAAUGCCUAUAGCAGUUAUCAUUUUGUUAACUAUUUUGGUCUUAGCCAUUUUGGCUCUGGCAAUGAUGGGUGUAUUCAAGUAUUGGCAAAAGAGGAAGAGGGAGCAGGAUCAGGCUCGGUUUAUGAAGCUAUUUGAAGAAGGUGAUGACAUUGAGGAUGAGCUCGGCCUUGGAACUAUAAUAUGA